AUGCCUCUCAUACAAAUAGAGCAUUUAGUAAACAACGGGAUCAUCAAUGUCGUCUCUUCUUUCUCACCAGACCAAACAUUUUUUGGGACCAAAAUGGAUGAAGCUGAUAACAAAGAGUUAUAUGAAAAACAUCACCAUGUGGAUACCGUCGAAGUCAAAAAAGAAGGGAACACAUUGCCGGAAAGAAGACGAGACAAAGAGAAGUGCGAAAUUGACAAGAAGAGUGAGGCGGACAUUUUAGAGAUGAUAAAAAAGACGGUGAUAGGGGAUGAGAAUAUCGACGGUGUCACCACAGAAGUGUCGACCCUCAAAAAGCGCAUCGAAGAGUUUAACAACAACGUUGCGAUAUACGACGACAUGUUGCGCGAAGAGGAAUUGAGUCGUGUGUGUGGUGAAGGUAUUGAGAAUGGGUGGGUGACGUCCUUAGAGAAGUGGACUGGAUGUGAUUCGUGUCGUGUCAUCUACGACUCAACGAAUGGGUUUACUGCUGACACGUUAUGGGGUGCUUUACGGUUAGCCAAUUCCGUUGCUCUCAUUGUAGAAACGACUGAGAAUGAUGUCUUUGGGUCAUUUCAUGGAGUCAUUCCGAUGCACCAACAUUUCAAUGUGAGUGUCGACUCGUCGCAUUUCCUCUUCACCUUUUCAAACAAAUUCAACACGGGCCACGUCAAGUUUCCCGUCUUACCGACAAACACGAAGAUGUUAGAUGUCUUUAAAGGAUAUAAUUCGUGGGUGUAUGGCAUCGAAAAAGGAUUUUGGAUCCACGCACAACACAAUAAGAGUUACGUCUGUUCGACUUCUGCGAAUGGACCAUUGACGGAUGGGUAUGAAGACCCGACAUUAAUGGGAGGAGUGGUAUUUACAGGGUCGGUCUAUCCUCAACGGUUUACAACAAAGAGAAUAAUUGGGCUUGAGAUGAUACUUGAGCAAGAAUAG